AUGUACCAACAAAGGCCAGAUUUGCCCCAGAAUUUCCAGUAUGGAAUAUCCAGGCGGAACUCGACAGCAUCCUUCGCUUCAACAAGCACCAUGGCCUCCACUGUUUCAACUAGAAACAUUUCAUCGAGACAUAUGUCAACUGACUCGCUUGUCAACCUCGAGGACAGAUUCAAGAGAACCCCCAGAUCAGGAUAUCAUCAGCAGCUCUCUCGCAGACUUAGUCAGCAGUCCCGUGCUAACUCCGUCACGAGCAUACCCUCGAUCGUGUCGCAACGUCAAUUGGUCCAAUCGCCAGCAAGCUCGAGCAUCAACACUGUGGCGCCCCAGGCUAGUGAGUAUUACUUUCCCAACGGUGAAGUGUUCAGGCCCAGACAAAAUCCUAAGAGGAGAUCCAAUAGGCCCCAGAAGUUAAAACCUAGUCUUGAUCAUUCAACUUCGCUGCCGAAUCUGUCAUACCACGCUCAACGCGGACCAACAGUGCCAACGGCUCCGGAGACUCACAGACCUGCACUGCACCAACGUUCUAGUCGUCCCUCUUUCUACGAUCAUCAGCAACAGCAGCAACAGCAGCAAUUGCGGCCUCCAUUCGUGCAGCCACCUCUUAAGGUGAACACCCAGCUUGUCGUUAAAGAAGAACAGAUGUUCUCGCUCUAUCAAAAGAGGUUUUCUACUGCUUCUUCUGCAUCCACUGCCCACGAAACAUCGACUUCGUCGUCAUCUGCGUCUAUCAGUGCGCUGAACUCAUCCUCAAGUCCGAGCCCGUCUCGUGAAAACUUGGACACUCCGGUUUCAUCUAUCAACAACGACGAUCCGCCUGUGAAGUAUGGCUCUGUUUGCUCGCUGAAUUUGGGUUCUGUUGGUGAAAUUGGUUCGCCUAUUCUCGUUGAGGUUCACGAGGAACUUUCUGAGAGUGUUGAUGUUGCUGAUCCUGCUGAUCCUGCUGAUCCUGCCGAUCCUGCUGAGAUUUCUCCUGCUGUGGUUGUUCCUGUUGUGGUUGUUCCUACUGUGACUAUUCCAGCUGUUAAAGUCACUCCAGCUCCGGUAGUUCCCAUCUCACAGGCUCCCGUCUCGAAAACUCCUGUCUUGAAAUCUCCGGUUACUGAAAAGCUUGCUCCACAGAAGAACUCUUCUGGUUUCAAGCGGUUCUUCCAGAAGAUCUUCAAGAAAUCUAAAGGUUCCUCGAAGUCGGAGCUACCCCGUCCAAGUAUCCAAUCUAGAUCAAGCAGACUCUCGCUAAAACUGCUACCUUCGAAUCAUCAAGAUCAACUAGAUUUGAAGGCAGUUGAGGCUGCCGAGGUCAGCCAAAUUAGAAAGGCCAUGUCGCAGCCGAACCUUUCGUCUUCUGCUUUGAACUCAGCAUCCCUCCCAGCGCCGAUCCAGGAAGAAGAAGAAUGCCCUAUGCUACUCACAGAAAUAAGUAGCGCUGAUGACGACCUGCACAGUUUUGAAGUCGGCGAUGAUUGUGAAGCCAAAAUCAACUCUCUUGGAAGCUUUGAAAUUGACUUUGAGAAGUCAAUCUUGGAACACCAUAUGCAUACCGAGAAUGAGUGUAAGGUGGUUACGGAUUCGAUCCGUGAAGAACCUUCCGAGGAGAGUUCUCCUGCGAAGGUUACCGAGAUUCUGGUAACCCCUGAGGCCAGUGAUGAUGACACCCCACUAGAGCUUGAGUUUCCAUUCACGGCUUCCAUGUUCGAUGGGAUUGGAGAGACUUCCUUCCCAGAUCUGGCUCAGGAAGAUCUCGGUCAAACCAGAAGACUCAGUCUCAAAAAGAAAAAGUCCAUGGAUCGCAGGAAGUCUCUGAGCAGAUCAGAUACCGUUUCCUCUAAUAACUCUGCUCAAAGCUCUGUUCUUACUGCUCGCACAAAUGGUUCUGCCGUGUUGUCUUUCGAGCUGGAUUAUCACGAGUAUGACGCUGCGCAUUACCAUUCAAAAUUGCGAGACAACCACAGAGAUGACUGUCUCGAGUAUGAGUGCGAUGUCGAUAUUGUCACCACAAAUACUGCCAGACCUCCUCGCAAAUCUUGGACGGUCUCCAAAGGUUGUUUGCGUACUCCUGUCCCUUCCUCUGUGCCUGCCUCUUCGUCUUCUUCAUCUUCGUUGAAAUCUCCGAAGCCAAGCUCGUCGAGAACUGUGGCAUUUUCUAACAAAGUGUACUUAAACGACACUUAUUCCUAUCGAAUGUACGAUAGGUUCAAUCUGAGUCUGAAGCAGAAUUACCAGAAGCUUUCUGCUACUCCAAAUAUGAUCAAGGAUAUCAGGAUGGAGCUGAACAACUACAAGACUACCAUGGAUGUUCACGAGAUGUCGAGACAGUAUACACACUUCUUCCAUGCAUGA